GACAGACAACAACUCCCAAGAGCUAUUACAUUUGUUUAAAUCUUCUCUAAAUCUCAAACUCAAACUCAAUCAUAUCCACCAUCAACAACAUGUCUGGAAACUCGAACGUCGGAAACGCUGGUGUCUACCAGGCUGAUGACCAGCGCACCGUUCCCGAUUCUCAGAUCGAGCAAGAGAAGAAGGAUAACAGGUUCCACGAGGGCAAGGAGCACUCGCACAAGGCCACCGACUCCAAGGAUGAGCGCACAAUUGCCAACAAGCUCGCACGCGAAGAGUUGCGCGAGAAGGAGGCUGAUGAGCCAAAGUCAGAGGAGGACAGGCUUCGCCAAGAGGACGCCACUCUACCAGCAUUGUCGCAUGGCAACAAGCCAUCAAAGGGAGCCGUCAUCGACCAGCAAUUGAGGGACGAGGAGGAGGCGGAGCUCAAGAGGAAGGGCAAGGCCUAGAGGUCUACAAGAUAUGGAUACCCCGCGCAGAGAGAUUUGUGCUUGGAGUUCAGGACGGGCAUUGCAUGAAUAUGAUGAUCAAUUCGUCAUCACGAUAGCUGCGAUGGUGUCUGGGACAUGAAUGAAAUGAAAUGAUCCACGU